CUGAGGCUGCCGCCAUGUACGCUGCCGCCGCCGUCGCCGCCUCGCCGCCCAGGCGGGACUUCAUCUCCGUCACCCUCAGCUCGGACGAGGCGCCGGGCGUCGGCGGCUACAACAACAGCAAGGCCUGGAGGCGGCGCUCCUGCUGGCGGAAAUGGAAGCAGCUGUCUCGACUGCAGCGGAGCAUAAUUCUCUUCCUGUUUGCCUUCUUGACGGUCUGUGGAGUCAUUUCAUACACAAGUGUGGGGGAACCGUGGAAAAGUUUAACAAACAAACCAUCGGAUGAGCACGGAACAGAACCAGAUGUUCCUGGAUUAAAGCUGGCGAAUCCAGCUGUGCUCCCAGCGCCCCAGAAAGCAGAUGCCAACGCCGCAGACUACCCAGAGCUUUCACCUCAGAAGAAACCAAAAUUACCCCAUGGUCGGCGUAAUCCUUCCCAUUUUCAGAUCAAGCCCCCAUGGGGGGAUGUGAGGCUGCAAACCCGCCAUGACACCAGCAAGGCAGUAGAAGAGCCAGUCCAGGCUGAUAAACAGGAGAAAACAGAGAAGUCUGUUAUCAGCUGGAGAGGAGCAGUGAUAGAACCUGACCAAAGCAGCGAACCUCCAUCUAGUAGAGUAAAGGAACCAGAAAAACCUUCAUCUGUGGAAGGUGAAAGCCAGAAAGAACCAGUGCCCAUAAACGAACGCCAGAAGGCUGUGAUAGAAGCAUUCCGCCACGCGUGGAAGGGGUACAAAGAUUUUGCCUGGGGCCAUGAUGAGCUGAAGCCCUUGUCCAAGUCUUACAGCGAGUGGUUUGGCCUUGGGCUCACCUUAAUUGAUGCCUUGGACACUAUGUGGAUUUUAGGCCUGAAAGAAGAGUUUGAAGAAGCAAGAAAAUGGGUAGCAAACGAUUUAGCCUUUGAUAAAAAUGUGGAUGUGAACCUGUUUGAGAGCACUAUUCGUAUCCUGGGAGGCUUGCUGAGCACCUACCAUCUCUCUGGGGAUAGCCUCUUCCUGGAAAAAGCUAAGGACAUUGGGGACAGGCUGAUGCCCGCCUUCAGGACUCCUUCCAGAAUCCCGUACUCCGACGUCAACAUUGGCCGUGGCACUGCUCACCCACCCCGAUGGACGUCGGACAGCACUGUGGCAGAGGUGACCAGCAUUCAGCUGGAGUUCAGAGAGCUGUCUCGCCUCACUGGGGAUGAAAAGUACCAGAAAGCUGUCGAUGAGGUGAUGAAGCAUGUUCACACCCUUUCAGGGAAAAAUGAUGGACUGGUGCCUAUGUUCAUAAACACCAACAGUGGGCAGUUCACUCACUUAGGUGUUUAUACUCUGGGAGCCAGAGCUGACAGCUACUACGAGUAUUUGCUCAAGCAGUGGAUUCAGGGUGGGAGAACAGAAAAUGAACUGCUGGAGGACUACAUGAGAGCCAUAGAAGGCGUGAAAAAGCAUCUUCUUCAGAGGUCACAACCCAAGAAGCUUACCUUUGUAGGAGAGCUUGCUCAUGGCCAUUUCAGUGCCAAGAUGGAUCACUUAGUUUGUUUUCUGCCUGGGACUUUGGCUCUGGGAGCUCACAAUGGAUUGACUGCUGAUCACAUGAAGCUGGCUGAAGCUCUGAUAGAAACGUGUUACCAGAUGUAUGCACAAGUAGAGACGGGCCUGAGCCCAGAGAUCGUGCACUUCAAUCUCCAUGCACAAAAGGGCCACAAAGAUGUAGAAAUCAAGCCUGCAGACAGGCACAACUUACUGCGACCAGAAACUGUGGAAAGCCUUUUUUAUAUGUACAGAUUCACCGGAGAUAAGAAAUACCAGGACUGGGGCUGGGAGAUCUUGCAGAACUUCAAUAAAUACACACGGGUUCCUACGGGUGGCUAUACUUCUAUUAACAACGUUCAGAACCCCAGUAACCCAGAGCCACGAGAUAAGAUGGAGAGCUUCUUUCUUGGGGAAACGCUCAAAUACAUGUUUCUGCUGUUCUCAGAUGACAUAGACUUAAUUAAUCUUGACAAAUACGUAUUUAACACAGAAGCUCAUCCACUCCCCAUCUGGGUGCCAGCAUAGACUGGAUCACAGCAGGGCUUCCAGUGGUGGUGUUUUACCUUCAAGUCACUUUACUUUUCAGGGUGUGUGGAGAGAUGCUGUACGACACUUUUCCGGCUUAAACAAACCUUUGAGAAAGCAUCUCUCAUUUGGAGAUGUCACGUCAGUCUUAAACCUAAUCCCUGUGCUUUGGACCUGGAAUGAAAAAGCUGUGCAAUAUGAAGCUGCUUUUCCUGGUAUUGGUGGUGAGGCUCAGAGAAUAUUCAUAGCGUGGACCAUGGCACAGGGCUCCGGUGGAUCAGAACCCCUGCUGUCAGUCUUAUUAAAUGCUAAUUAAAUGCCAGGGAUGCAGAAAGUUGUCUUAAAGCACAGGAGUGUCUGGAAAGAAGGAAUAAGCCUACAGGUUUCUGGUUUAUUCCCAACAUAUGAAACACCUGGUUAUGGCACCACUUCUUUUGUAGUGCCCGUGGUGUUUCAGAUGGUAAGUGGAAUAAACAGUGGAUGUUGUCCCAGGUGGAAUUAAAGCUGUCAGUGGUGGUGCUGAUGGUCAGAUCUCAUUCCAAACAACCAAGCUAUGCUGCAUCGUGUUAGGAGGAGGAAGGGGCAGCAAAGUGUCUGUAGCACAGUGUCUUAGUUUUAUAGAGCACUUUGAACAGUCUGUUCAAGCGGUGGCUGAAAUGAAUGGUGGGAGAGAAUUUGCUGCUGGUUUGGCUCAAAACGAUAUAUAAUUUUGUAGACAUAUUGCAGUUUUUUAACUUAUCUGCAGCAAUGCAGGAGACAAUGUGAAAAAAGUGAAUACACGUGCAUUUUAUGUAUUAAUUGCAUCAGUUAGACUCAGGUAUUCUGACUGAAAGCUGCUUUGUGAGGUUGGGCACUGGGAAAGCUUGUGAGCGCAUUAGGUGUAAUUCCACGUCAGCCUCCUCCCAUCCCCUCCUGUUCACAUCUUGCAUUGUGUUUGUUGACCAAGUGGGCUUAGAACUGUAUAGCAAGCUUCAUGUUACUCAUCAGUUUGUGGACUGUGGAGAAGCUGUCAGGUUUGGGGUUGUUGUUUUUGAUAGGAGUACUUUGGGUAGAAGUAUUUCCACGAGGAGCUCUACGAGCAGACAGCCUCCACGUGUUGUGACAACUUCACAACAGUUACAGCAGUUACUGAAAUCUGUUCUGUUUGAAAAGAAAGCAGAGCUAGGCUUGCUUCUUAAAGAAUCCUAUGGGAGCCUUCGGACCUUCUGUUUUUACAUGUGCAAGAUAGGUUUUAAACCAUGAAUUAGGAAUUGAGUGUUCUUCUGUUCCAGCAUUCUGCAGCUUUCUAUCUUUGGAUUUUGUAACUGUAUGCACAGUCUUACUUUCACCAAUCUCAGAAAUGUGCUUGUUUGUAUGUUUUUAAAGAGAUCCUUCUUGCUGAAACCUUUUUUCCUCUCUGAUGAAUGAAUGGGAGCAGUGGGAAGUACGCAGUGUGUGGGGCUGGGGGUGAGACCCAGCCCCUUAUAAUCGAGGGUUUCAAAACAGAACGAAUCCAAUCUGACGCCACUGGUUGAUCUCCAGCGCUUUGGGUGUCUGUGUGUUUUACAGCCUUUGUAACCUUUGAUCUGUAAAGUAAAAUGCUGCUUUGUUCUGUGCUGUCAAGUUCUGUUCACUGGAUUCAGAACUUGUCCGUUGGCCCACUCGUAAAUCCUUUGAAGAACAUUUAUCAUUCCAGGUACUAACGAGGGCUUCUGGCAGAGGUGAAAUGGUGCACAUCACACAAACUCACCUUUUUUUCUGUCAGCAAAGGGGCCUGAGAUUUCCUAGAGGACAAACCUGUGUGGAUGGUUCGUGUUCCUCCUGCUCCAAGGACAGCAGUAACUUUGGAAGGUGGUGCUUGGCCUUGUGCUGCUGCUGCAGCUCGCGGUGAUCCCUGAGCUGCACAUUUGGCAGUGAAGGACACAAAUUCCACAAGUGGCAUUUCACCUACGGUGUUUCACAAACCCCACAGAGGAAAUAAAGAUAAUUCUUACAAUGUGGAAUGCAUUGAAGAGCUUGCCAGAAGUAAGUUGGUGGAAUCCUGUACUAAUCUUAGUGUAGUUAACUCUACAGCUGAUUUUCUUUUGUCUCGUGUGAGGGUAAUGCUAAACCAUUGUAGAAUGGGAGGAAGGAAGAAGAGUGAAGAUGCACUUUCCCAAACACGCUUCUUGCCUCACAGCUGAGCUUGCUGGUCCAGCUCAUUUCUGCUCAACCUAAUUCUUCCUGGGAAACUGAGUUGUCUUUGCAAAGUGUCUCUACUGAACACAUCCCUUAAACAUGAAGAUGCUUAGCUCUGUUUAGUUUAGAAAGCAAAUGCUCGACUUCUCUAUCACGUAUGAAAUGAUACAAAGCUAAAUAAUCUGAUAAGAGCUCAUCUGCUUCUUCUGUUCUUCUGCAGAGGUCCUUCAAAUGGCUUGGUUUUGCUUCCUCAGCGUAAUGUGUUGUCAGCCUAUGAACUUUGCCCUUCUUUCUCCUAUUCACGUCUCCCCGCUGCCCUCCCUGAAGCCCAACAGGAACUUUGCACACCUUUAAAUUCUUACCUUUCCCCCAUGGUGUGGGGUUGUACUCUUGUGCUUAUUUGAACCAAAGCCUUAACUUUGGGGUCUGUAAUCCACUGUGGGGUUUUGUCACUGUGGUGUGGUUGUGAUCAGGUUGAACGUCAGGGAAAAGUUAUUCAAGCCAAGAUUUCCUCCUUUUGCUCAAAGAGCCACCUUGGUUUCUCUCCAAGAGCUUGAGUGCCUUUUCUGAUUAAAAUAAAGCAAAAACGUCCAGCCCUUCCCAGCUGUACCGUUCAUUGAGAAAUGGAUGGGGUAAGAGCCAUCAGGGCUGGCAGCAUCCUGCUUGCAGUCUAACCUGUUUGCUCAAAGAAAAUUCAGUAUCUGGAUGCCGGCACAUUUAGUAUCUCGUCUGUUCAACCUUCUUGAGCGUGGAACUUUCCAUACCAGGCAUGGAAGCCAGCAGCUUGGCAAAGCCCAUGGCAUUGGCUUACAGGGAGCUUUUGUGUUUCACACCGCCUUCUGACUGUGAGGUUCUCAGCAUUGCGUGCCAAGCUCAAACACUGCAGUGUUUGCACCUCCAACUUUGAGCAAUCAGCUUUCUUUCCUAUUUCAUUCUGUGAUGUUGCAGAGAUAAAGGAUAAAGGAUUUCUUUGCCAUAUUUGAACAGUUUGUGGCAGUUCUGCUCUUGAAGACUUAUAAAAUUAUUUAUAUAACACUUCAUGCAUAUCCCUCACACUGGACUCCUUUGGGGCAAGUACUGACUGCAGCAGGAAACUGAGGGAUUCCUGUAGUCCACUGCAAGACUUAAAGAACUUGUAUCCCUCUGGAAGGUGAGAAGACACCUUUGGAACCUGUUGAUGGGAAGGCUCAAGGCAAGCACUGUCCAAAUGGUAAAUUGCAGACUCCUAGCCCAAAGACUGAUACUGAAGUUGGCUGCUGUGAUGCAUUGCUGGCUUGGUUUAGAGUGUCUGCUUGCUGGGAGCUGCGCUAAGGCAGGGACAAAGGCAGUCGAGGCAAGAUGUCAUCCUGUCUGCACUGACACCUGCUGCUAUCUGCCUUUUUUAUGUGGUGCUAAUCCUGAACCAUUGCUAGGGUAGAGCACAUCUCUGCAGAAGUUGGGGUUUGUGUGCACAGAGGGAGAAUGCCAGACUCCAUCUCUGCGUGGCUGGAGGUGGCAGAGCUGAUUGAGCCAUAAUUUCAGCAAGACAACCUGAAGCCUGACUUGGGUGUGAGCCAAAGGCAUGCUGACAGAUCUAGCAGAGGUAGCAGACUUUCCUACAGCACAAGGGGAAAAAAAUUCUUACUGAGGUUGUAGUUCCAUUAACAGUCGUGAAGCCCCAUGCUUGGGGCUGGAGUUUGCCUAAUGAGGUGUUCUGUAGGUUGCUCUCCAUUGGUAAAUAAUUUGGUGGUCCUGUUCUUCCUCUCCGUACCCCUCCAAGAGAAGCUUUGUCCUUUCGAGCUUAAGAACAGGGAAGAGGUAAGUUGGUCAUAUGCAAAAAAGCAACAGCAACGAAGACGAAGCACAGACCUUUUAUCAGCACCUCAGUGUUGUGAAAUAAGAGACCAACAGUCCAACUCUGGGAACCAGUGCACUGUGACAGCAGGGGGGACCUGGCAGCGCGAGGACUUGUGUGUAAGUUGGAGCAGUGCUGUGACUGUAAGCAGUGCAAGCCUGUGGUGAGCAGAGGCUUCUCCACUGCCUGAAAGGCACUGCACACUGAUUAAAUGAGGCAUCCAACUGUUGACCAAAACACGUAUUCUUACAGUUCUGCUGCUAUUUACUGGCACAGAGCACAUUGAGUAGGUGAGAAUCUACCUGCUAAAGGGCACAGAUAGUUUGCUCCGCUUUAAAAAAUCAGAACAAUCCUUUUUUGUUGUCUUUGGUUAUACUUACCAAGCAAUGAAAUUGUCACACACUUAAAUAAACUUGUUAUUUAUUUUAAA